AUGGAAGAGUUAACCGACCUCAAACAACCCAUUGCCAUCCGCAACGAGUACAUUGCGUCCUACCCAACAACCAUCUAUGUCAAGCAACAUAAGAAAUCCAAGAACAGCGCCGACGAAGACAUCACAGUAUGGAAAGAGUUAGACGGUAGCAACAAGAGCCCGGAAGAGAGAAAACUAUUCGUCAUCGACAGGGAGUCUGCACCGUUUACUCAAUACCGCUAUUUCCGCGAUGCUUCAAGCCUUCCACUUUUCGAGCUCGCGCUGAAGAAGUCUGGCGUGACGUGGUUUGUCCAUCUUCCGGGUGGGAAGGACACAUCGGAGUCGAUAGCUGCGAUCGCUCCGAGAUGGAACCCGCUUAAGAACAAGUUGGAUGUCUACGUGAGGAAUUCUGCGGGGGACGGGGAGGAAGUAAAGCUCAAAGUUCGCGGGCAGGAUUUGUCAAGGUCUAAAACGCAUGUCUACUUCAAGGGGGCGUUGGUCAUGACGGCCCUGAGAACGAAUGGGCAUGUAUCUCCCACCGAGCUGGAAUGGGAGGUUCAAGUUACAAGGGGGUUGGAUGUUUCGCUGGCAUCGGUGAUUAUGGUCGUCAUGGCCUAUAUGUUGCACAUAACGGCUGCGUCUUCGUACCAUGGAGCUGGUGAUUCCCGUGCAGAUGGUAAAUGA